CUAAGCAUCCCUUUGAUGGGUGCAAGGCUGCAAAAUUCAGCAACUCUGGGCAAUAUUUUGCAGCGCUCUCAUGUGAAGGAUCAACAAAAGAUGUUCUUUCUGUAUGACGUAGAGACCUGCAUUACUUCCAAUAAAUUCACUGACACAUCCACUUCUUCUCGGAGUAGUCCCUAUUCUCUUGUACACUUCAGCCCUUGCGAUACACUAAUAUUGUGGAAUGGUCAUCUGUGGGAUCGCCGUGUUCCAGAUGAGGUCAGUCGGUUUGAUCAAUUUACUGAUUAUGGCGGCGGUGGCUUUCAUCCUUCUCGUAACGAGGUGAUCAUAAACUCCGAGGUCUGGGAUUUGAGGAAAAUGAGGCUUCUUCGAAGUGUCCCAUCACUGGACCAGACAGCUAUCACGUUCAACUCCAGGGGUGAUGUUAUAUACGCAAUGCUGAGGAGAAACAUCGAGGACGUGAUGUCUGCUGUCCACACACGCCGUUCGAAGCAUCCGUUGUUUGCUGCAUUCCGAACUCUUGAUGCGACCAACUAUUCAGACAUUGCCACUAUACCCGUGGACCGAUGUCUUCUCGACUUUGCCACAGAACCAACAGAUACUUUCCUUGGGCUGAUCACAAUGGAAGAUCAAGAAGACAUGUUUUCCUCAGCCAGGUUGUAUGAGAUUGGCAGACGUAAACCAACAGAUGAUGACUCGGACCCCGAUGAUGAUGGUGAGACAGAGGAUGAAGAUGAAGAUGAUGAAGACGAUGAAGAUGACUUGGACCGGAUUCUGGGACUAGCUGGAGACGAUAGCGGCAGUGGAGAUGAUGAUGACAUUAGCAGCGAGGACAAUGAAGAUAAUAGUGCAAGCGAUUUUGAUGAUUAUGAUGAUGAUGGAGAUUUGGUCCUUGAUGGUGGUGACUUUUUGGAGAUUAUAAGUGAUGGUGAUGAGGAAGAUAGUGGUGAUGAUAAUGAUGACAAUGUUGAUGGCGGUUAUAAUCACGAUUCCAGUGGCGAAGAGGAUUUUCUAGACAACAUGUAGUCUUUUUAAUGUAGUUUUCUUUUCAACUCUAAGAUUCUCUUAAGAUUGUUCACUAUCCAAAGUUUUGUUGACAAGUAAUCUUUUUGAAGUUGCAUGUUUAUUUGAUGAUGAGUAAUUAAAAGAGAGAGCAUAUUCUCUCAUGUCAGACAUCAUA